CUAGUAUAAAGAUCCUGUAAACUUACAUUUUUAUGAUUUUUUUAGUUUAAUUUCGUGUUGAUUUCGAAAAAUGAGUUUGGUUGAAGUGGUUUGAUUUCUAAAGUUUUAUGAGGUUGAUAUCCUAAAUGGAUUUGAUUUUAGUUGUUUGAUACAUUUUCCCCUCUUUUUCCUUUCUCUCUCAUUAGUUUCAAAGCCCUAAUCUAUUUUAGGGAUUUUAGAUUUUAUCUGUUUUUUAGAUGCUCAUGGUUUCAUGGUUCAACAUUUCCUUCACUGAAAACUUUGAAGCUAGCUUGAUUAUCAGGAAAAGAAAUAUUUUAUUUAUACGCUAGGGGAUAGAAUCGAAUUUCUUGUCAAAACCAUUAACUGGGAUUGUGUUUGCAUGCAUAUCGAAUGCUUUCAGCUUAGGGAUUUUUGAGUCUCUGCAAUUUGUAUUAUUUUUUAUCACUGGAUUGGUUUCUUCUUUGGUUCUGUUAUGCCUUUUUUUUUGUUCAAUUUUGAUUUUUUAUUAUUUGUUUGUUUUGGCUGUUAUGCGAGAUAAUGUCAAAAGUAUGGUAUUUCUGCUUGUUUAUUGAUUGGAGUCAGUAGGGGACAUUUUCUUAGACUUUUGAGGCCUAAAUAGUCUUCUACCUCAAAGAUAUCUGACCAAAUAUGUAUUUUUCCUUUUCUUGAAAAAAUAAUUGGAAAACGGAUAAAUGGACCUGAGGCUGUGAUUUAUGUUGUAGCUUUCCCAGAUUGGUAAUCUUGGUGAAAGUGUGAUAGGUGCUUCCCUCAAAGAGAAAGAAGGAUUCCGAUGGGUAGGUGACCAACACAAAUUAUCAUUUCAAUUCUUUAUUUGUUACUGAGUAUCAGUUUUCUUUUAGUAUGAUUGAGAAGUGAAGUUAGUUCUUUAUGCCAUGUGGCCUGGUAUAACACUGGGAAGAUUGCUGCUUAGCAACUUAACCCCCCCUCUCUCUCUCUCUACUGUUGUUCUGUUUGGGAUUUUAAUUCACCGCUGCUGGCAUCAAUUACUGGUUUGAUUUUGCAGCUGAACAAUGAUGUUGUUAAUGUCAUCAACAUGUCUAUCGAAAUUACUUUGGUAGUCUUGAUGCAGCAAAUUGUACUCCAAAACUGGGACAAGCAGUGACACUCUUCAAGCUGGACAAAAAUGUAUCAACUAGUUUAUGUUGGGGAUGUUGAAGUCCUUGGAACAACCACGAAUCGUACGAUUGGACAAUGCCUUGAUGGUACUCUCUCACCGGAGCUUGUGAAAGGAAAAAUUAUUUUGUGUCUAAGUGGGUAUUCAUAUAGUGUUGAGAAAGGCUUAGAGGUCAAGAGAGUCCAAGGAAUUGGGUUCAUUCUACAGAACCCUAUGAAUGGCCUUGAAUCCAAUAUUCUCAAGCCAAACAUUAAUACUGCUCCAGGACUAAAUAUCUUAGCAGCAUGGAGUGAGGCAUCCUCUCCCACAAAGUUGCCUGAUGAUCAUCGAGUUGUCAAAUAUAACAUCGACUCUAGAACUUCCAUGUCUUGCCCUCAUGUGGCUGCUAUAGCUGCACUCAUCAAAGCCAUACACCCUGAUUGGAGCAGUGCUAUAAUAAGAUUUGCCCUCAUAACAACCGCCGGGCUAAAUAAUAACCAAAUGACACUUCUCUUUCUCUCUAUUAACCAAAUGACACUUCUCUUUCUCUCUAUGUUCAUUAUGGACAAAGCAGGCCAAAGGAUGCAAAAAUUCUAUCUUAGAGUGAUGUUCUACUAACCACCUACGGAGUUUUAUCUUCUGAAUUUUCAAUAGAGAUGGCUUUUGACGUGGACUUGUGAAUAGUCUAUAUUUUUGUUUAUAGAGGACAUUUGACACUUCUGUAUAAUCCUACUAACUAUCCGAUACUUUUGUGUAGAUUAGUAUUACUGAUACAUAUAACUUUUAUAAUCCAAUUGAUAGUUGGUGGCGUGGCAUAUUAGAUCACCUUUUGUCGUGGUACAAAUUACAAUGGUAAUUUUACCACGCCAAUGGCCAUAUCGCAUGGUAGUAAAUAUAUUUUUUGUAUAUGGAGGGUUAGAUUUUUGUAUGGAAAUAUAAUUUUAGUUUGGACAAUAGUUGGUUUGUAUGGAAUAUAUACAUUUAAAGUUA